CAGUAACUUUGUGUAUGCUGAAUUGAAGUUGUCAGCUGCAGAAGGCCCCGCUGGACAACAAACACAAAUGAUUAGUUUUCAGCUGCGUCAUACACGUUAAAAUUUGUAGAGCGACUUUCUUCUUCAAAUAUGAAUGAAUUAACAGCCGAUGAGAUGCGGCGGCGACGCCUUGAACGUCUCGAAGGCGCCAACAGCUCAAGUGGCAACAACACACCUACCUCCACCCCGUCCUCCCAAAAUGUCCCCGCAGUCUCAAGCAUGGCUGGGGACCCACCCGCCAGCAAGUCCCUGUCCCAACCUCCUUUACCCAAAACAGCGUCAUCGCCACCAGGCGCAUGUAGCAUGGAAGUUGACAGCUCACAAGACACGUCCGCAGAGUCACAAGAAAAAAGACACUGGGAGGGUCAGAGCUACUGCAGCCACAGAGAGUUCAGCAGCAAAAUCAGCAUAUCGCCCUCAGUGGAAUUUACUCUGGUUAAGUACCUGGUCGACUGCUACGAACGGGUGUCCUUUGAAGAGAAAAAUGCGCCAAAGAGAACCAGUAUACCCCCGCUGAGUGAUGCGAUGACUAUAGCCCGGAGUCAGUGCGUCGCUCUCUGCUCUCUCUUGCUACAAGGAGCUUUCACUCAACUCAGGUCACAGUCGGGCUCGUCCAUCCUGGUGCCGUUCCUGCUGUCCAACAACCUGCCGCACGACUUCCUGCACCACCUGGUGGUCACCGUGAACACCGACAAACUGGUGCUUGAUAAAGUGUUCAGUCCUAUCCUCCAGUAUCUGUGUCGCUACGUUGCCACCUUGGGCCUCAACAACCGAGUGUAUCAGCAGCCCCUGUCGAUCCUGAUGGGCCUCACCUCCAUCAAGAUCAACAACCAACGGCCCAUCUGUAACCUGAUGACAUCCCAGCCCAACUGGAUGCCAGAGCCCAUCAGCCAGGCUGACGGCAUGGAGAUGGAGAAACUGACACUGCUGGGGCCCAUCUUGGGACUGUCCGUCUUUGCCGAGGAUGAUGUGAAAGUGGUGGAAGAAUACUUCACAGACCACCACAUGCCUCAGGACCACGCCUGGGGCAUCUAUAAGACACUCAUGGCUAGUCUUGAGGAUGUGCGGACACACUGCCUCGGAGUGCUGCACAAUCUGUUUGUCAAUUCGUCCACGAGGGAAGCCACGCUCACCUUCAUCGCCAAAGUCCUGGAGAGAAAUGCCAAAAGAUCUCAGAUUCAGUUCGACGAGCGUUUUUUGUGUGGUGAUGGCUUCAUGCUGAAUCUCAUGUCCGUCCUGCAGAGGCUCUCAGAAAAGAUAGAUCUGAACACGAUUGACGUCUACUACCCAUUCCACAACUCAUCCCGCCUGAACCUGGUCGGAAAGUCUCGCAUGCGUUUCACCGACAAGGAAGUGGAGGCCUGGGAGGAAGAAAACGGCAUCAAGACAGCCAGUGAUCGCCCAGAGCCCAAGUUCCCCACGGUCUGCUUCUUCCUCACCCUCCACUGCCACCAUCUGUCCAUCCUGCCGGUCACUCGCAAGUACCAGCGCCGCCUGCGUGCCAUCCGCGACCUUCACCGCCUCAUUACUGACAUGGAGGCGGCGGAGCCGCAGUGGAAGAACCUGCCCACCGCGGGUCGCAGCCGCGCACAGCUCAAGCGUUGGAAGUCUCAGUACACGAGGCUUCAGAAGAGCAAGAUGUGCGCCGACGCUGGCGUGCUGGACAAGGCCAUGCUGCAGAGAUGUCUCUCCUUCUACUCACGCACGGCUGACCUGCUCAUGAGGGUGGCGGACCCACAGAACAGAUGUGAGCAGCUCCCCCUCCCGUCGUCUGUUCCCGGGUACUUUUCCGCUCUGCCAGAGUUUUACCUGGAGGACAUGGCUGACUUCAUUCUCUUUGCCUUACAGUUCCUGCCGGGCAGCCUGGUGGAGUCUGAGCACAAAGUGAUGCUGCGGCUGAUGCUGGUGAUGCUGUGCUCGCCCGCCUACAUCCGCAACCCGUACCUGACAGCCAAGCUGGUGGAGGUCCUGUUUGUGCUGCAGCCCAGCAUCCAGCCUAAGACGGAGCAGCUUAACUCGGAGUUGCUCAUGUCGGAGAUCGCUGUCAACAACCUCGUGCCCUCGCUCAUGAAGUUCUACACAGACAUUGAAUCGACCGGGGCCAGCAGUGAGUUCUACGACAAGUUCACCAUCCGUUACCACAUUAGUAUUAUCUUCAAGACAAUGUGGACAAUGCUGGCACAUCAGCACAAGUUUAUGGAGGAGGCCACCUCGGGCAAGCAGUUUGUGCGGUUUGUGAACAUGCUGAUGAACGACACCACCUUCCUCCUGGACGAGAGCCUGGACUGUCUGAAGCGCAUCCACGAGGUGCAGGACCUGAUGGACAACAAGACCAGGUGGAACGCCCUCAGCAAAGAACAGCAGCAGUCCAAGACCCGGCAGCUUUCCUCGGACGAGCGCCAGUGCCGCAACUACCUGACCCUGGCCUCGGAGACGGUGGAGAUGUUCCACUACCUCUCCACCAAGAUCAUCGACCCUUUCCUCGUGCCUGAACUGGCGGACCGGCUGACGGCCAUGCUGAACUUCAACCUGCAGCAGCUGUGUGGGCCGAAGUGCAAGAACCUGAAGGUGAAGAACUCCGACAAGUACGGCUGGGAGCCCAAGAAGCUGCUCAAUGUUCUCACCGACAUCUACCUGCACCUCAACUGUGAGGCCUUCGCCAAGGCCAUCGCUAAUGACGAGAGAUCGUAUCGCAAGGAGCUGUUUGACAAUGCCAUGGACUGCAUGGUGAAGGCUUGCAUCAAGACCCCGGAUGAGGUGAACACGUUCAGGGAGCUGCAGGGCAGAGUGGAGGCCUUCCUCGUGCAGAAGAACAAGUCCGAGAUGGAUUACGGCGAUAUACCAGACGAGUUCAAAGAUCCGCUCAUGGAUACGCUGAUGGAGAAUCCGGUGAUGUUGCCCAGCGGGAACGUCAUGGAGCGGGCCAUCAUUGUACGUCACUUGCUCAACUCGCAGAAUGACCCCUUCAACAGACAGCCAUUGACAGAGGAGCAGCUGGUACCAGCCACAGAUCUCAAGGAGAAAAUAGACGCGUGGUUGGCGGAGAAAAGGAAAUCCAGCUAAAUCUGUGCAGCCUGCUGGUUGGCUUACUAGCUCUAGUGUGGCUCUCCGAGUAUGUGUGUGUGUGUGCAGAGUUUGCGAGUAUGAGUUUGUGUGUUUGUGUGUGCGUGCACAGAGUUUGGGUGUAUAUGCCUGUGGAUGUCAAAUGUGCAUGUAGAUAUCAAGUCUGUGUGUGUGUGUGUGUUUGAAAUAUAUGUGUGCGUAUUUGAAAUGUAUGUGUGUGUGCAUAUGUGCUUUUCGGGUGAUUGCAUAUGUGUAUUCAUGUGAGUGCAUAUAAAGAUUUAUGUUGCGCGAUAAUUACACGGGUGAAUCUGAUGGAUGUGUGUGUGUGUGUGUGUGUGUGUGUGUGUGUGUGUGUGUGUGUGUGUGUGUGUGUGUGUGUGUGUGUGUGUGUGUACGUACUUGUGUGUACACUACACAGUGGGACUUUCAGAGCCAGUAGAGAACUAUUAACAAGGAGCUGAUGUGAUUUCCCUGGGUUUUUUUUCUCAAACCCUUAAACAAAGUUGUGGUUUUUCAAAGCAUGAAGCUUGCUCGGUCUCACCCUGGUUGUUGCAGCAUUCCUUUUCUCCACUAUAUCAGCCUGGACUGGGAGUCGGAAGAAAGUCGUCGUCUGGCCAAAUUAGGAGGAAGCCUGGAGGAAAUGUCGUUUGAAGCUCUUAAUAACUUUGUCAGAUAGUGUUGUGAUGCUAUGAGCUGUCUCUUCUGGAUGUUGCAACAGCGAUGCAGUUUAUUGAAGUAUUUGUUGGGUAUCUUUAAAAAAAAAGGUGCAGGUGGUUAAUGGUGGUUAAUAAACAUUCUAAUGUAUGUAGUAGUUUGCUUCUGCUACUUCUUUUGCAUUUUGGGAUCUGUAGCUCUUAUCUGUCUGCUUCCUGGUGAAAUGGGGCUGUUGCCGCGCUCUCCUUGUAGAAUGCAAAACUUGAUUUGUGAGAAAGUAACGUUUUGAGAUUCUUUGAUGUUUAGGAUAUGUUGUGUGUCUGCUUGAUCAAAUGUGUGCCUGCUUUUAUUUUUUCUGCGACUUUUCAUGUCUCAAGCCCCCCCCCCCUCCAUCUCCUCCGCCCACUCAAACAAUCAUUUUGCGGUCUACAGGACCGUAUGGCAGCUUCAGAACAAAAAGUCGAUGGAUUGUCAGAAGAGUUGUACGUGCUCCCCAGUUUUUGGCCUACAGAUGUUUCUAUAGAUUUCAAUCGGCUGUAUUCCUGUUCCCAUUCUGUUCUUGCAGUUAUGAGAAGGCCGGGCAGUUUCCAUCAUGUUGCAGUUGGCACCUCGUGUUUUGGUAGUGGAGACCGUUCCAGUUUUCUGUCUCUCUAUCUCUCUCUCUCUCUCUAUCUCUCUCUCUCUAUCUAUCUCAUUCUCUCUCAUUAUCUCUCACUCUCUUUCUCUCUAGUUGUCCUUUGUUUGUUGGAGAAAACUUGGUGCCAGUAAUCGUCUGUAUGAGUUCUUCCUUUCUAAAGUUUUCUAUUUAGUUUUCUAUUGUAUGUAUGUGUCGUGUCUGUUUCUGUCCGUUUCCGUCCUUUAUUAUUUUUGUUUGUUUGAAAAUACUCUUUUCUCUAAACGGAUAGAUUGUUUUUUCUUUCCGAAAAGGAAUUUCACUCUUGUUUAGGGAGCAGGAAAAAUAGUAAUGAUUGAUUCUUCUAACAUCUCAUCCCUCCCUGGGUGGCUUGAACAGUGUGUAUUCUUACUUAUAUAGACAGAUAUUUUCUAAUACUUGCGGAUUACCUUAGCAGUUGCGAGCGCCGUAAAACCUUAUACUAUACUACUACUACUACUUGCGGAUUUUUAUUAUCAAUAUCCCUUUUUUGGCGAGCUCUUAUCUGUCCCCGUUGUUUUAUGCAAGAAAAAUUUUGAAAAAACGGAAACUGAGCCCAAAAAUGUGAAAUUAUGCGAUUGUGUUAAUUUUAACGAAGAAU